AUUAUUGAAAUAAUAAAUAAUACAUUAAUACCAAUGCUGAUCAUACAAUAGAGCAAUAAUAGUCAAAAGGCUCUCUCUACUCUUUGUAUGGUAACUAUGGUAUGUGUAUUAUUGUGUUAUUUUGUUGUACUCGAACUCGAAUAAAUAGGAACUAACAAAAUGACGUCAUUUGCCAGGGCCUCGGCUAGCUAGCCGGAUCGGGAUCAGAGGGCGAGCCCUAAUCUUGCUAAUCGGGGAAAUUCUUUUUUUUCUUUUUUUUUUUGUUUUGUAUAGGCCAGACGCUGCAGCAGUUAGAUAUCUAUAUCCAGUUACCUCACUUACUUCGACUUCGAGGGUUCGAGAGUAUUGGCUAAUGUAUAUAUACACUCCAAUCAUCCAUCCAUCUCGUCCUCUGUGUUGUGAUCUUAGUCUGCGUGUUUUAUCCUGUUGACUUUUUUUGCCUGCCAGACUAUUUUUACGUCAUUUCCCACCCACCCACCAAGAGCCCUAACAAUAUACAACAAUCAUCUUCUUCUCCUCCUCCUCCACCCCCACCAACCAACCAACCAACCACUCUCCACACAUUUCCGUCACCACCCCGCUCAGACUCCCAAACGAUCCCGCGGUAUAAGACUUCUUCUUCUACCCUAGUAAUGGUAAUGCUUGACCUUAUGGACUAUUCGUCUCUACACACCUUCCGCUGCAUCUUGUGCAUGUACCACUGCAAGACCACCAGGCCUCUGGGCUAGCACCUGCCGGACUCCCCAAGAAAUACGAACUGAACCCUCUACUACUGUGCGCACCAGCGCAUCCUUCUCUAUCCUACCUAUCAAUAGGCUUCGCCACUCUCGUUAUAUAUAUAUACAUAUAUAUAUAUAUCAUCAACCGCGAGCUUCUUCCAAGCACGAUACAUCCUUACUCCUACACUUUUCGCUCCCAAAAAAACACACUUUAUUGAGAAGACGAAGAGGAACAGAGGUCCAACAGCCUACCUCUCUCGUAUCCCCCAUCCCCCACAAAACAAGGGAACCAAAACCCAAGAGAAUUCGAUAUACAUUCUAGCCAACAUGCGGGAUCUCCGUCGUCAGGCUCUUGAGAGCAAAAAGACCGUCUCGCGCAAAGCACAGAGCCGUGAAGCCUCUCGGGCUACUUCGCGCGCAAGCUCCGCUCAAAACUCCCGCCCUUCCUCCCGUAACGCGAGCAGGCAUCCUUCAGAUGACGAGGAUGCUGAGAGUGAAGGAACGGCCUACAGCUCCCCAUCGCUCGAUGAAUACUUCCCCUCUGCAAAUGAUGAAGAAGCAGCCGCUUCCGAAACCUGGCAACAAGAUUUAGAAGAAGUGAUAAAAGACUACAACGACCGCAAACGCAGCAGCAACCUGAGUCGCGAGGACGCACUGACUGCUUACGUCCGCAUCCUGACAUCCCACUACGUCGACGAAUCCCUACCUGAAUUCAACGAACUCCUCGCCUCCUUCGCCAAGAGCAUCAAAUCCGAGUCCAGCGAGAAAGAAACAGUCCUAGCCCUGAAAGCAGUAAGCCUCACGGCACUGACCUUCCUCGAUGGAACCAUCUACGACCAGUUUUCCUCUCUGCUUCGCCGCACCAUCACAGACUCCCCCAACAUGCCCAUCAAAGCAGCCGCCAUCCACUGCCUGGGCGCCUGCACCUUCUUCGGCGACGCGGGCGAGGACGAGAUCCUCGACCAGAUGAACUUUUUGCUCGAGAUCGUUUCGUCCGAUGGCCAUUAUGUUAAUGCGCCCGACGAUGCGAGUGUUGUCACCGCCGCGCUAGAGGAGUGGGGAUUCCUCGCGACGGAGGUCGAGGAUCUCGAACAUGAGAGCGAAGACGCCAUCGAGGCGUUUGCAGAGCAGCUGGAGAGCACCGAGGCGGCGGUGCAGAUUGCCGCAGGCGAGAACAUCGCGCUGCUCUAUGAGAAGAGUUACACGCCACUGGAGGAAGGGGAGUCGAUGCCGGACGUGGAGGACGAAGGGGAGAAUGAGUCCUCCGCGGACGAAGACGGGUCUUCGUUCCUAUCCGACGACGAGGAUGGACCCGCAGGCGAUCACGGCCCGCCGCUCAUCAAACGCUACAACGCAUACCACAACACCCCGCGCAUCCUCCACCAAGUCGACGCCCUCGCCAACGUCUCCGGCCGCCACAUCAACAAGAAGUCCAAACGCUCGCUCCACGCCAACUUCUCCUCCAUCCACACCACCAUCGCCAACCCGCGGCGCGGCCCGCAGUACAGCAAGGCCAUCGACAGCGAGACGUCUCGCCAGUAUGGCACGCGGAAGACGGUGAAGAUCCACCAGGAUGCGUUUAUGAAGCUGGAUCGAUGGUGGAAGUGGUUACGCCUGGCGGCAUUGCGGCGGUUGUUGAGGUGGGGGUUUGUGACGCAUUAUUUUGAGGGGAGUAGAGGGGUGUUGGAUUGUUUGCCGGUUAUGGUGAGGCCGGUGGUGAAGAGGAAGGCGAAGGGGAUGGGGUUGGGGAUUGGUGGUGGUGGUGGGAGUAGUAGCAGUGGUGGCGGCGGCGGUGGUGGUGGGAAGAAGGGCGGGAGGAGGAAAGGGUUUGAGAUGGUUUGAGGAAGUUUGUUUCUUUUUCCCUUCAUUUUUUUCUUUUUUUCAUUUUUUUUUUUUUUUGGGUCCCUUUUUUCGCUUUCUGGUGUCUAUUCGGGUUCCGGUUCCUGUUCUAAGUUAUUGUCUAUCACCUCUCCUGCCUUACUUACCUUAACCCCCCUCACUCUGUCCUGAUUGCAUGGUCUUAUUUCAUAUUCGUUACACUUUUCUGAUCAAAAGAGUUUUAACCGAUUCUUCCUUCGCCUUGGAUUUUUUUUGGCUUCCAUAUAUAUAUAACUAACUCCCUUGUUUUCCCCUCCCCCCAAAGUUUCCCUGUUUACAUCCUGUGAGAAACACCAGAUGUCAUGAUGAUGUGUUGAUGUUGUUAACUUCCCUUUUCGUUGCCCAUUCCUUGUCUUUGUCUUCCCCAUCAUCACAGACAAAACUAUAUAUUUCUCUGUCAUUUCUUCUUACAUAUUUUGUUUUCAAUCAUCAUUAAUUGGCGGGAUACAUACAUACAUACAUUACAUUACAUAUAUAUAUUUACAUAUCUGCACCAUUUUUGUCAAAAAAACUACACUUAGAAAGGGAUGGAUGGAUGGAUGGAUGGAUGGGUUAUAUAUGUUUUGCAUUUUAUAUACUAACUGCAUGGUUACUCUCUACAAAUGUCUGGCUCAUGUUAUCUAUCUCGCUCACAUGUUCAUAAGAAAGAAGAAAAAGAAUGCAAGUCAUUUGUUUGUUUGUCUGUUCGUUUAUUUCCCCUUACGUAUAAUUAAUUUUUUCUUGUGACUUACAAACAACAGAGAUGUGGUUUUGGGAUAUCCUGUGCUUUUAUAAUCUAGAAUCAUGAUAAAAAAAA